AUGGCCCUCCUGGCUCACACCCUGGCACUGCUGGCAAUGACCGUGGCCACCAUGGCCACCGUGGCCAUCAAGGUGGUGCCCCUGGACAUGGCCCAGGACUCCUUCGAUGACCAGUACCAGGGCUGUGGCCCUGCCAUGACCAAGGCAUUGCCAUCCAUCUACCAAUUUGAGCUCCAGAAGAAUCCUCUCUUUGCCAAGACCUGGGUGAAGGCCGAGACUGAGUGGCGCAAGCGGGGCUCCCAUGUGUCCCCUCUGGCGUCCUCAGCCCAGGCCAUUGCUGUCAUGGCUUACUCAACAAAGGACAUUUACAAGGACUUCAACGCGGCCGUGCGUGCAGCUGGGCACUCUCGCCAGGAAUACCGGAAAAACUUCCACUUCAAAACGCUGCAUUUCCUGCUGACCCAGGCACUGGUGACACUGAGGCAGGCUCAGAACGGGCAGUGUCGCCACGUGUUCCGGGGUGUGCAUGAUGUCCAGUUCCAGGCACGGAGUGGCCAGAAGGUCCGGUUCGGUCAAUUCACAUCAACGUCCCGGAGCAGAGAGGUUGCCAAGAAGUACGGGACGAACACCCUGUUUGAGAUUCGCACCUGCCACGGUGUGGACAUCCAGGCUUUUUCCUUCUAUCUGAGCAACCAAGAGGUGCUAAUCCCUCCAUACGAAACCUUUGAGGUCACCAAAGUCAACCGGAUUGGGAAGAGGACGUGGAUCAGUCUCCGCUCCACCGGGACCUUCAGCAAACACAACUGCGCGUGGCUGUGA